UCAAGCGUUAUUUUUUAUAACAAAUGCAAUUCCUCCAGUAAAAUUGUAUAUUUUGUUCUUUUAAAUAAUAUCUCAUAACCAUUUAAUUGUUGUGUUUUUCCAAAUCUUUCUGUAUGCCUUACUUAUAGAUUGUUAAAUAAACAAUAAGUAUCAACAAAUCCAACAUAAAUGCAAUAAUAAACAAAUAUAAUUACUUCACUACAACAUUAACACAAUGGCAACCAAGCGCAAAUCUUUAGGAAGACCUUCUGGAAGUGGACAGCAAAAGAUUAUACAAACUCCUAACAAUCAAGAUAAUCCCGAGAAUGAAGCGGAAGACAACGGCUUAGACGCAGCAAAUCUAUCCGACGACGAGGAAGGAGGAACACGCAUUGGUGAUAUCUACAUUCCCCCGCCUAUAAAACCCUACUGUUCCACUGAAAGCAAAGGACCACGUCUAAUAAUUAAAAAAAUAGAAAAUGUCAACUUCAAAAGCUAUGCCGGCAAAGUUGUCCUUGGACCAUUCCAUCACUGCUUCACGGCCAUUAUUGGACCCAACGGCAGUGGAAAGAGUAAUGUCAUAGAUUCUAUGUUAUUUGUAUUUGGUUAUCGUGCCCAAAAAAUUAGAUGCAAGAAACUUUCAGUGUUGCUCCACAAUUCAGCCCGCUAUCCAAAUAUGCAACGCUGUUCCGUCGCUGUGCAUUUUAUUCAGGUAGUUGACAAGGAAGAUGGCAGCUGCGAGGAGAUAGCCGAUACAGAUAUUAUCGUUGAGCGAACUGCGUUCCGUGAUAACACCUCAUACUACACAAUAAAUGGGCGUCGGGUGCAGUUCAAAGAAGUGGCGAAGCUUUUAAAACAGCACAAUAUUGAUCUUGACCAUAAUCGGUUUCUCAUUUUACAGGGAGAAGUUGAAUCCAUUGCAAUGAUGAAACCAAAAGGUCAAACCGAAAACGAAUGUGGUAUGUUGGAAUAUCUGGAGGAUAUUGUCGGAACAACACGUUACAAGGAACCUCUUGUUAAAAUCAAUAGCCGUGUUGAACAACUCACUGAAGAGCGUACAGAGAAGCACAAUCGAUGUAAGUUGGCAGAACGUGAGAUGAAAGAUCUAGAGCAACCAUAUAACGAGGCCGUAGAAUACCUUAAAUUAGAAAACCAACUUACUAGGACGACAAAUCUACAAAUUCAAAAGUAUUUAAGUGAAAAAAAUAAAAAACUCGAGGAAUACACGAAGGAGCAAGAAGGUAUAACAACAGAGUUAAAAGACCAUGAUGCUGAAGUGGAGUCUUUAAAAGCGGAAAGAUUAGCGAAGGAAAAAGCCGUGCAAGAAGAAUUAGCGCAAUUUGAGAAGCUGCAAAAAAACGCUGACCAGCUAAAGCAAAAGCAUGAAAAAGCAAUGAGUGAUGUUACCCAAGUUCAAACAACCAUGCAAGCCACAAACAAGCGACGCAAACAAAAUAAAACACAAUUAGACAAAUUUGAAAACGAAUUAAUUGACUUGCAGAAAAUACCAGAGAAAAAUAAAAAAGAAAUCGAGGAAUGUGAGAAAAAAUGUGAAAAACUAACUAAACAAAAAGGAGAUUUGGAAGAACAACUUCAACGAAACUAUGACGAGCUUGAGGAACAAACCAAACCACUUAUCGAGCAACGUGAAGUUCUAGAAACUGAGCUUAUAGAUUUAAAAAAAAAUGUUGACGAGGCUAAAGCCGAACUGGCUCUGUCCGAACAGGAACUUAAAAUUUUAAAACAUGACGAAAUUCAAGAGAAGCGAAAAUACGAAUCACUUAAGACCUCUUUUGAUGAUUCACAAGAAGGACUGCGUCAGAAGCAAGAGAGACUCAAUGAGUUACGUGAAACUAUUCCCGAGCUUGUAAAGCAAAUGUCCGAAAAGACUGCCGAAUUACAAAAAAAUCGCAAAGAAGAGGAGGCUCUGCAAGCUCGACUUAUGUCGCUUAAAGCCGAAAUAAAUGAGAAAGUUAGCAGCUUUCAGGCAGCACGUUCCAAUAACAAAGUGUUAGAUUUUCUUAUGAGGCAAAAGAAUGAGGGACACAUUCCGGGUAUAUUGGGAAGACUAGGUGAUUUGGGAGCUAUAGAUUCAAGGUAUGACGUAGCAAUAUCGACAGCAUGUGGCCGACUUGACAAUAUUAUUGUGGAUUGUGUGAACACAGCCCAACAAUGUAUUGAGUACCUUAAGCGUUACGAUGUAGGUAGAGCUUCAUUUAUUGCCUUAGAGAAAGUUUGUCAUCUACAGAAUCAAAUGCAAAGAAUCAACACACCGGAAAACGCACCACGGUUGUUUGAUCUGGUGCGAGUAGAAGAUGAGCGUGUAUUACCUGCUUUCUAUUUUGCCCUCCGCAAUACCCUUGUAGCAACAGACCUUGAACAAGGUUCCCGAAUAGCUUACGGAGCUCGUCGAUACCGUGUCGUCACUCUAAACGGCGAUUUAAUUGAAACCUCUGGAACAAUGUCAGGUGGUGGCCGUACACAAAUUCGUGGCAAAAUGGGAACAAAAGUUCAAACCAAAACCAACCCUUCAGAUACCAAUGCAUCUCUGAUAUCACAAAAAGCUCUCGAAGACAUGCAAGUUCAAGCCGAGGAAAUACAAUCAAAAAUCAAUUUUGGUCAAGAAGAACAAGGGCGCUUGGAACGUGAGCUAUACCAAUUGAAUUCAAAAAAACAAAGUUUGGAAGCCGAGGUCAACAAACUCAACAUCACAAUCAACAGCUUACUGGAGCAAUUGCCCAGAAUUAAAAGUCAGUUGGAGACACAGAAAAAUCGCAUGGAAAAAACAACAGCUGAUGCAGCUAAAGUAAGUGAAAUCGAAGCUCAGAUCGAGAUCAAACGGAAAUCCUUUGAGAAGUCCGAUAAAGCAGCCAAUAAGAUUACAACUAAAAUUGACGAAAUUAAGAAAAGAAUUGAGGAUAUCCAUGGUGAAAAAGUAAAAUCAGUUCAAAACAAAAUCAACAAUCUAAACAAGCAAAUUAAGACACUUACAAAUAAUGUAGCUAAGCUCAAUGUAGAAAUCACCACAUCCGACAGGAAUUGCAAAAAGACCGAAAACAAAAUCGAGAGUCUUAAAGGUGAGAUUAAAACUGCUGAAGAUGAAAUUCGUGCUCUGAGUGUGGAAAGAGAAAAGUUGAAUGCCCUCGUAGCAGAAUUGUUGGAACAAUUUGAAGCAGCAAAAGCUGAGAUGGAGAAUGCUAAUAGUGAAUCAUCGAGUGUGAGUAAGGAAAUCAUUGAAAUUCAAAAGAAAGAAAGUGCAUUGACUUUGAAGCGGGUAGAAAUAGAACAAAAUUUACAAACAAUUGAAAAGAAAAUCUCCGACGUUAAACGAGAGCUGCCCCAUUGGAGAAACAAACUAAAACCAUUGAAACUCCAUGAAAUACCGGGCGAAACCGAACCUGUAGAACCAUUGAAGACUUUCAAUGAAGAAGAACUUGCAACCCACAAACUGCAAGACAUUCAAUACAUGUACUCGGUGCAGGAGCAAAAGCUUGAAUCAAAAAAACCAAACCUAUCCUGCAUUCAAGAAUACAUAAACAAACGUGAGGUUUAUCUGGAGCGAGUUAAAGUUCUGGAAGACAUAACCACUAAACGUAAUGAGAUGCGGCAACUUUACGAUGAUGUGCGAAAGAAGCGAUACAAUGAGUUCAUGCAGGGUUUCCACAUAAUAACGCGAAAGUUGAAGGAAAUGUACCAAAUGAUCACGCAGGGCGGUGAUGCAGAGUUGGAAUUAGUGGACUCAAUGGAUCCGUUUACAGAAGGGGUAUCGUUCAGUGUGCGGCCACCAAAGAAAACCUGGAAAAAUAUUUCAAAUCUGUCCGGUGGUGAGAAGACGCUCUCAUCGCUUGCGCUUGUUUUCGCUUUGCAUUACUACAAACCAUCGCCUCUGUAUUUUAUGGACGAGAUAGAUGCGGCAUUAGAUUUUAAGAACAUAUCCAUUGUGGCCCAUUAUAUUAAGGAAAGAACAAAAAAUGCUCAAUUUAUUAUUAUAUCGCUUCGUUCCAACAUGUUUGAGCUAUCCGAUUUUAUAGUUGGUAUAUUUAAGGUACGCGAUUGUACAGAUGCUGUAACGAUUCGCAACAAAAUUUUAUCAACUGCCAUCAGGCUGACUCAGACUCAAAAUCAAACUCAGAAUGAAACAUCUCAUGAAGUUGGUUUUGUGCCGCCUUCAGAGAGCACUGCCUUAUCGCAGGCUAUUAUUGCAAACAAUGAGCACACGAUUGUGUCGCAAGUAUCAUCAAUAGAACUUAAUGCAACAAGCAGUAUUACUGAUUCAUUUUUCAAAAAACCCAAACCACCACCGCCACCAACAUCUGCUUGAAGGCUCCAAUAUUAGUUUAAAAGAAAAGGAUUUAUUUUUUGUUUUAAUAUUUUUUUUUACUGUACAAAACGUAUUUUGUUUUAAGUUUCCCCCUUUUUCUUCUCUAAACUGUUCAUUUAGAUAUAAAUAACCAAAGCAUUAUUUUUGUUCUUUUGUAUACCGUUGGUAAACGUGUUAACUUUAUUUCUUGUUUGUAUUUCGGACAAAAUUAAAACAAAAUAUUAAACUA